GCCAUUAUCUGUCAUGGAUUGGUGCAAAGGCCAUUGUCAAUCAGGUGAUGCAGGAACUGCUACAGAUGGAUCUUCUGCUGAGUCUACUCUAACGGAAUGCAGAGAUUCUUCAAGUAUUGCGACUCUGUCGGCUACAGAACCAAUAAGCCCAUCUCAAUCCUCUGCCAGUGCCUCAUCUUGCCUCAGAGUGUCAAAUGUGAUGGAUGGUGGCAAAGUUGAUGAGGCUUCUCAGAGGAAAUUAAACCAAGAAAUCUGUUGCUCAGAGUCAGAACAACAGCUGUGCCUUAGACUUAGGCCGACUCUUUUUGUUCUUCCUUCACCUGCUAUACUAGUUGGGUACCAGGAUGAUUGGCUUAAGACAUCAGCAAGCUCUUUACAACUCUGGGAAAAGGCUCCUCUUGAGCCUUACGCUCUACAAAAAGCUAUUAUUUAUAAUGUCAUAUGCCCAGAUAUUGAUCCCCUUACUUCGGCUGCUGCUGAUUUUUUCCAGCAACUUGGAACUGUUUAUGAGACAUGCAAACUGGGAACUCAUUCGCCUCAAAGUUUGGGACAUCAAAUGGAGAUAGAUUCUGGAAAGUGGUCCUCAUCUGGUUUUGUUCUACUUGAUUGCCCUCAAUCAAUGAAAAUUGAGAGCAGUAAUGCAUCUCUUUUGGGAUCUAUAAGUGAUUAUUUUUUGUCUUUGUCGAAUGGUUGGGACUUAACUAGCUAUCUCAAGUCUCUUUCAAAGGCUCUGAAAACUUUAAAGCUUGGUCUAUUCCUAUCCACAAGCCAAAAAGAAGGAAAUAGUAGUCCUUGUAUGGUGAUAUAUGUGGUAUGCCCAUUCCCUGAACCAAUUGCAGUUCUUCGGACAAUUAUUGAAUCUUCUAUUGCUGUUGGAUCAAUUAUUCUCCCUUCGGAUAGAGAAAGAUCUAUAUUUUAUAAUCAGGUUGGAAAGGCAUUAAAUUGUUCAGCAGCUGUUGACGAAGCAUCAAUAUCAAAUAUUCCAGUACUUUCAGGGUUUAGCAUCCCCAGAUUGGUGCUGCAAAUUGUGACGGUUGAUGCCAUUUUUCGGGUUACAGGCCCAGCUUUUAACGAACUUGUGGUUCUUAAGGAAACAGCUUUCACUAUAUACAAUAAGGCUCGACGAAUUUCACGGGGAUCUUGUAAUGAUGUUGUCCGGUCAUCAUCAUUAUCUGGUAGAUCUCAUUCGGUCAUGACGCAAAUGAGUUCUCUUUCUGGUAUGUGGAAGGAUUGUGUUGGUUCCCGAAUUACAGGACCUUCCCUUCCUAGAGAGGGUGAAAUUGAUGCCAGCUUGAGGUCUAACACUUGGGAUAAUACAUGGCCGACAACAAGGACUGGAGGAUUAAGUUGUGACCCAACCAGAAAUGGAGAUUUAUGUCACCAUGAUGAAAUCCGUUAUAUGUUUGAACCACUUUUUAUUCUUGCAGAGCCUGGUUCUGUAGAGCAUGGAGUUUCACCUGCAUUUUUUGGUAAUGUGAUGUCAGAGUCUCUGAAGCCAUUAUCUGAUGAUAAUAGCGGAAGCUUCUUGCCAACUACAAGUUCAGUGGGAGGAGUUGAUACUGGAUCUUCUCAGCUCGAUGGCUCUGAGUCUGAUAAUUUUGGUUAUGGACAUCAAAAAGCUCUUCCAAGCCUACACUGUUGCUAUGGAUGGACAGAGGACUGGCGCUGGCUCGUAUGCAUCUGGACAGACGCAAGGGGUGAAUUGCUUGAUAGCCAUAUAUUCCCAUUUGCUGGAAUAAGCAGUAGACAGGAUACGAAGGGUCUACAAUGUCUUUUCUUGCAAGUUCUCCAGCAGGGCUGUCAAAUACUUCAGGCUUGCUCUUCUCCCGAUACUGGAGCUGCAAAGCCCAGAGAUUUUGUGAUCACACGCAUUGGAAAUUUCUAUGAACUUGAAUACCUAGAGUGGCAGAAGGCUAUUUAUUCAGCUGGUGGUUCUGAGGUUAAGAAAUGGCCCCUCCAACUGCGUCGAUCCGUACCUGAUGGAGUGCCUCCAAGCAGUAACGGGUCUUCCUUGCAGCAGCAGGAGAUAAGUUUGGUUCAAGAUAGAACUCUGCCUUCCUCUCCUAGUCCAUUGUAUAGUCCUCACUCAAAGACGUUUAUGAAAGGUGGUUUGGGACAACCAGCUGGAAGAAAGCAGCUUAUGGGUGGGCACACAAUGACUGACAAUUCAAGAGGUUUGCUUCAGUGGGUGCGGAGCAUCAGUUUUGCUGCAAUUGCAAUUGACCAUUCUUUGCAUUUAGCUGUUCAGGCAGAUUCACCAUCUCCUACAGGAACUCAGGGUGGCAGUAGCAUGGGUCUAGGAGGCUAUUUGGAAGGGUUUACCCCUGUGAAGUCUCUUGGUUCUGCGUCCGUCUCUUACAUGUUGAUACCAUCACCAAGUAUGCGCUUUCUGCCUUCGACGCCUCUUCAGCUGCCCACUUGUCUUACUGCUGAAUCCCCACCACUUGCUCACCUCCUUCACAGCAAGGGCUCUGCAAUCCCCCUAUCCACCGGUUUUGUGGUUUCAAAAGCUGUACCUUCAAUGAGGAAGGAUUAUAGGAUCACCGUGAAAGAAGAAUGGCCUUCGGUUCUUUCAGUCAGUCUCAUUGAUUAUUACGGGGGUAAUAGUAUUAACCAAGAAAAGAUCAUGCAAGGAGCUGUAAGACAAGGGGGAAGAACUUCAAGCUCAGAAACCAGAGAUUUUGAAAUCGAAACUCAUUUAAUUCUCGAAUCUGUUGCGGUGGAGCUUCAUGCUUUGUCAUGGAUGACAGUGAGCCCAGCAUACUUAGACCGACGAACUGCAUUGCCUUUUCACUGUGAUAUGGUUUUGAGACUGAGAAGGCUCCUUCAUUUUGCCGAGAAAGAGCUCUCUCGGCAUCCAGACAAGCCACAGGUUUGAAAAGCAGCAGCAGCAGCAGCAAAGAUGAUCAAGCAGACAUUGAAAGCUUGGUUUGUCUGCAACCAUGACCGUGUGUACAAUAACUCAUAACGUUAGGGUGUACAUGUAGUGCAGGUGAUUGAUAUUUAUAUUUAGCGCUGUUGAAUUCCCAGAAAGAAAAUAAAACAACUGGGAAUCCAUAGUUAGGUCUAACAGAAAGAAGUAGUAUUGCUGUCGAUUAAAAAAGCAUGUAAAUUAACAUUAAGAUUAGUUGAUCGGCCUUUUACCAGCAUAAUUAGAUGUUGUGAUAGAUAGGGACUUUACCCCCGACUAGCACGAAGUCCUAGUAUCUUAGAUACAGUUUUGUUAUGUAUUAUCAUGUAAAAGGAAAAACCCCAAAAACCCAUUAGAGCCAUUUAUGCAGUAAAUUCUUUAGGUAAGGUCAAGUGGCUGUAUCUAUGUUGUGCCGGUUUCAGUCUAUCUGCUUUAUCCUUCUCAUCAUUCAAGAGGAAUGCUUUGAGAUGUUCCUCUCUCUACCAGGUAAAUCGGAUUCACGAUCGGUUUUUGAAUUCAUUUAUGAUACUUAUUGAUGAUUUAAAGCGAGUUCAUCAUCAUCAUCGUCAAAUCCCAGUAAAAUCGCAGAUUUCUAAUCGAAUUGUAUCUACUCUUUAACAAUAUUUUUGAAGGCACUGUAAUUGGGGAAUGUAAUGUAGGUUUAGUCAAAUGUUUGUUUUCAA